UCGGAGGCGCCGGAACAAACAAGGCCCCAGAGAGCUCCACCUAGUUCACAGGAUAAAAUCCCACAGCAGAACUCGGAGUCAGCAAUGGCUAAGCCCCAGGUGGUUGUGGCUCCUGUGCUAAUGUCUAAGCUGUCUGCGAACGCCCCCGAAUUUUACCCGUCAGGUUAUUCUAAUUAUACAGAAUCCUAUGAGGAUGGUUGUGAGGAUUAUCCCACUCUAUCAGAAUAUGUUCAGGAUUUUCUGAAUCAUCUUACAGAGCAGCCUGGCAGUUUUGAAACAGAAAUUGAACAGUUUGCAGAAACCCUGAAUGGAUGGGUCACAACAGAUGAUGCUUUACAAGAACUUGUGGAACUCAUCUACCAGCAGGCCACGUCUAUCCCAAAUUUCUCUUACAUGGGAGCUCACCUGUGUAAUUACCUGUCCCAUCAUCUGACAAUUAGCCCACAGAGUGGCAACUUCCGCCAAUUGCUACUUCAAAGAUGCCAGACGGAGUAUGAAGUUAAAGACCAAGCUGCAAAGGGAGAUGAAGUGACUCGAAAACGAUUUCACGCAUUUGUUCUGUUUCUGGGAGAACUAUAUCUUAACCUGGAGAUCAAAGGAACAAAUGGGCAGGUUACAAGAGCAGAUAUUCUUCAGGUUGGUCUCCGGGAACUCCUGAAUGCUCUGUUUGCUAAUCCUAUGGAUGACAACUUAAUUUGUGCAGUAAAAUUGUUAAAGUUGACAGGAUCAGUUUUAGAAGAUACUUGGAAGGAAAAGGGGAAAACUGAUAUGGAAGAAAUAAUUCAGAUAAUUGAAAAUGUUGUCCUGGAUGCAAACUGCAGCAGAGAUGUAAAACAGAUGCUCUUGAAGCUUGUAGAACUUCGAUCAAGUAACUGGGGCAGGGUCCAUGCAACUUCAACAUACAGAGAAGCUACCCCUGAAAAUGACCCUAACUACUUCAUGAAUGAACCAACAUUUUAUACAUCUGAUGGUGUUCCCUUCACUGCUGCUGACCCAGAUUACCAAGAGAAGUAUCAGGAGUUACUUGAAAGAGAGGACUUUUUUCCAGAUUAUGAAGAAAAUGGAACAGAUUUAUCAGGGGCUGGUGACCCAUACUUGGAUGAUAUUGAUGAUGAGAUGGACCCAGAGAUUGAAGAAGCUUAUGAAAAGUUUUGUUUAGAAUCAGAGCAUAAGCGAAAACAGUAAAGUUAAAUCUGAGGCUAUCAGGGUUUUUGUUUUGUUUUGGGUUUUUUUUUUUAAGUUUAGGUCUGGUGAUUUAGCAGAACACAGGAAAGCAAGAAACUGUGUCAGACUUAUACCAAAUUAAGGAUGUUGAGUUAUGUUACUAAUGUAUGCAACUUUAAUUUUGUUUUAACACUACCUGCCAAAAUAAACUUUAUUCCCUGUAACUUAAAAUGUGUAUAUA